UUGUCUUUUUUGGCCAAUCAACACGUCUGAUUUUGCCCCGCCCCCCUCCUAUCUGGUUUUGUUUUUUUGAUGCUGAGGUUGUGCUGACUGUAGUUAGCAUGCGCGGCGCCAUUUCAUCUCGGAAAUCUUGGCAUCUACCCGGAAAGGUAUGGAAGUAGAUGUUUGGUAGCAAUCGCGUUUAUUAAAAUGUUUAGUUAACCAUUACUUAGUAACGCGAAGAGCAAAAAUGAAAUGCUAAGAAAUACGCAAAACGUUUUGGAUUUAUUAGCAUAGUAUUAUCGCUAUGUACUUGAGGACUUGGUAGCAUCUCUACACAAGGCAAUUACCAGUACAUGAAUUGAAGCGGAAACGCCACCAUGGUGAAAAUAUUCAUUGGGAACCUGUCUCCAGACACCACAACAGAGGAGCUGCGUUCCCUCUUCUCUCAGUAUGGAAAGAUCUCAGAGUGUGACAUCGUCAAGAACUUCGGCUUCGUACACAUGGACAACAAAGCCGAGGCGGAAUACGCCAUCAAGAGCCUCCACCAUUACGAGCUCAACGGGCAGGCCAUGAACGUGGAGAUGAGCCGUGGCCGACCCAAAGCCUCCACCAAGCUGCACGUGGGCAACAUCAACAGCACCUGCACCAACCAAGAGCUGCGGGCCAAGUUCGAGGAGUACGGCCCGGUGGUGGAGGCCGAUAUAGUGAAGGACUAUGCCUUUGUCCAUAUGGAGCGGGUGGAGGACGCCAUGGAGGCAAUCAGUGGCCUGGACAACACCGCCUUCCAAGGCAAACUGAUGAGCGUGAAGCUUUCGACUAGCCGCCUGCGUACCGCGCCGGGCAUGGGAGAGAGAACGGGUUGUUACCGGUGCGGGCAGGAAGGCCAUUGGUCCAAAGAGUGCCCCCUCGACACGUCGGGCGACCACCGAGAGGGCGCCGACCCGGGCUCUGGUGGAUUUAAUGGCGGCUCCCCCAGGUUUGGCUGGGGCGGCCGCGGUGGCCACGGUUAUCGAGGCUUCGCCGGCGGCGAUCCCGGUUUCGACAGCGUCAGGGGUUCCGCUCACGGUGGCCGGGGCGUUCCCGGGUAUGGCAGGGGCGCAGGCUACGAGAGCGCAAUGAGUUUCGGGGUCCCUUCAGGUUACGGCAUGAGCGCCGCCGAACAUAGCAUGGCCCGGGCGUACGCCAGCGAGGCGGCGUACGGAGGCAGCGGCUCGGGUUACGGCAUGGUGCCAGCCUACCCAAUACACCAGGCAUCUCACGAGGACCAGGACCCCUAUGGUGUUGUGGACUUCUACGAGAAGUACAGGGCUCGACCGUAUGGGGCCAGUUAUUUCGAAGAGCGCCGGUCCGUCCAUUUGUCCACCCCGCUUAACCCGACCUCCUUGGCCAUAAUGAGGGAGCGCCCGCCCCCUUCUGGCCUAGACCCAUACGACCACCGUCCCCUCCCUCCUCCAGCUGCCCCCGUCUCCUCAUACUACUCCCGCGAGCGGAGCCCAAUCCGGCAAAAUCCGUCCGAGGCCGAGGGCUACGCAAGCGCGCGCCUCUCCCCGGUGCCCUCCCUCCCCAGGAGCUCGGCUUACGACGUUCCGCUGGACCCCUACGCCGAACCGGCGCGAUACGCUUACUAGCCUGACUCCUGCUGUCCAGGUGACGACACUCGCGUGCCCCAUCGUUGUUCCGUUUCGCGGCGCGUUUCGGCUUUGCGACACGACCGUGGGAUGGCGAAAGUGCAGAUAUUUAGCUUCCCUGUUCGGUGUCCGUCUCGUUUGUCAGCUGGUAGCUUAAUAACUUUUGUUCCCCCCCCCCCCCCCCCCCCCCCCCCCCCAGAAGGGCAGAAUGUGUGUAGAUGAGCUGUCUAACGAAAAACAAGAGAUUGCACUCUGUUUUUAUUUUAAUGUGAGUCCUGCAGUUACAAGAGAAGUAGCUGGAGUUGAAUCAGUCAAUGCACUUGAAUCUAGGUAAGUUUAUUAAUGUGUGGUAAAUGUUUGUUUGCAUUCCUUUUCAAAAUGCAUAUACAAUAUGGUGCUGUGAAUAUGUAAAUAAUACAAAUGCAUUUCUACCUAAUCCAAGCAGGUUAACAAUGAAAAAAUUGUAAAAAUAAAUAAAUUUAAAAAAACAUGCAUUUUUGCUGAUAAUUAUAAAAUGCCAUUAGUAGUUAAAUUUCACCUGCUUUCAAAUCAAUUUUUUCACUCAAAUAAGAAUGUAUUAAAUGGAGAUCUCACGUUUGCUCAAUUAGUCUGUAUACUGUGUCCAUUAGUAUGAUGUUAACAUGUGCCAUCAAAAUUGUCUACAUUUCUACACAUCUACAUUGCCUGGUUGUGAAAUACAAUACCCAGAAUUCAUAGCAAUGUCCAGCUUUUGUAAAGGCUAGGUAGCAAGCUCCAGAGAAUCUGUGGAAACUAGUACUGCCCCUUGUUUUAAUAAAUUCUACCUUCAUGUAUGGGAACAGCUUCAACCUGGCGAUGUUGUGACCAAUAGGAACAUUGUUGGUGGAAGUCCAAUGGCUCAAUUGAACAACUACAACCACACAGUGUUUAAAUGCCAAUAGUGUGAUCGAGCAAUCGACAAAACACCAAGGCCACAAUAUGUAGAAUAUGUGACACUGCUCAUUUUUAGAUCAGCCAGAAGUCUCAAUCAACGAAUGAACUACAUUUCAGAAAUACUGCUGUGAUGCAUAAUUAUGUCUGAAACAACUCAAAUCUAUCAUAAUUAUGUAGGGGGACUGAAAAAAACCCCACCCCAAAUGGUGUCUAGUGAUGGAUUUUCCCUUUAUAUGUUUGUGUGAAUGACAUUUACACCUAGAUAUAUUCUGAAAGUGUUGGAAAAUUUAACUGGCACUCCAUCUUGACAAUCACUAGUAGGUUUGGCAGUACAUGUCCUGAAUGAAAUAUUGUAUGUUUGUUUAUGCAAUAAAUUGUCUGAACAGGUAUGCUGUCUUCUGAA